AGCGCGCGGCGGGGGCGAAGCGCGGCGGGAGCGGCCGGGACGAUGCUGGAGGCGGCGGCGGCGGCGGCGGCGGCGGCGGAGCCCGAGCUGGACCCCGAGGACCUGGUGCAUUUCUCGGUGGGAGACCUGCCCAGCCGCGGCUACGGCGUCAUGGGCGAGAUCCGGCGGCAGGGGAAGCUCUGCGAUGUGACGCUCAAGGUGGGGGACCACAAGUUCAGCGCCCACCGGAUCGUGCUGGCGGCGUCCAUCCCGUACUUCCACGCCAUGUUCACCAACGACAUGAUGGAGUGCAAGCAGGAGGAGAUCGUCAUGCAGGGCAUGGAUCCCAGUGCGCUGGAGGCUCUCAUCAACUUCGCCUACAACGGGCACCUGGCCAUCGACCAGCAGAACGUGCAGUCCCUGCUCAUGGGGGCCAGUUUCCUGCAGCUCCAGAACAUCAAGGAUGCCUGUUGUACAUUCCUUAGGGAAAGGCUCCAUCCCAAGAACUGCCUGGGGGUGCGGCAGUUCGCCGAGACCAUGAUGUGCGCGGUGCUCUACGACGCCGCCAACAGCUUCAUCCACCAGCACUUCGUGGAGGUCUCCAUGUCCGAGGAGUUCCUGGCCCUGCCCUUCGAGGACGUCCUGGAGCUCGUUUCCAGGGAUGAGCUCAACGUGAAGUCUGAAGAGCAGGUGUUUGAAGCUGCCUUGGCCUGGAUCCGGUACGACCGAGACCAGAGGGAAUCCUUCCUGCCCGAGCUCCUCUCCAAGAUCCGCCUCCCGCUGUGCCGGCCGCAAUUCCUGACGGACCGCGUCCAGCAGGACGACCUGGUGCGCUGCUGCCACAAAUGCAGGGAUCUGGUGGACGAAGCCAAGGAUUACCACCUCAUGCCGGAGCGCCGGCCGCACCUCCCGGCGUUCAAGACGCGCCCCCGGUGCUGCACGUCCAUAGCUGGGCUGAUCUACGCCGUGGGAGGGCUGAACUCGGCAGCAAAUUUUUACGCAGGCGACUCCCUGAACGUGGUGGAGGUGUUUGACCCCAUUGCCAACCGGUGGGAGAAGUGCCAGCCCAUGACGACGGCGCGGAGCCGCGUCGGGGUCGCCGUGGUCAACGGGCUCCUCUACGCCAUCGGCGGCUACGACGGCCAGCUCAGGCUCAGCACCGUGGAGGUCUACAACCCAGAGACGGAUUCCUGGUCCAAAGUGGAAAGUAUGAACAGCAAGAGGAGGUAACGUGCAGCUCCCCGGGGAGGGACCUUCGGAACAGCGGGGAAAAACGAGGCCGGAGUGCUGGGGGGGUGGCGGCCACCGACGAGGAGUUUGUGUGUUUGUGUGUGGGAGAGGAGGGAGUGGAGCAGCGUGGAAGCAGAUGGGAUUUGCUUGGCUGGUUUUGGGAUGCUCGUGCUGAUUUUGGGUGCUGCUUGUUGGUGGGAAGCAGCUCAACAAAAUUCCGUGGGUACGUCACGGCACUGAUGGAGAA